AUGUCCGUCAACUCCAAAUGGCUGCAGGUCAUAGUGGAUGAAGACGAGCCGCGACCGCGUCUAAACACCGUCACCAGCUGCAUGACGCUGUGCGACAUUAAAUGCGACAAUUACGUGCGACUCAUUGCGGCAGAUAUCUCAUUAGACGAUGAACCGACAGCGACCUUGAAAAUCUUUCGUGGCACUACGCUGCAUACAGAAUUGAAGCUCAACGGCAUACCAGCUGCCAUACAAAGUCUCUACAACGAUGAAUCGGAGCCAAAAACGCCAAUCAUUGCAGUGGCCAUUGCUGAAUCAGUGCUAUUUUUCCGAAAUUUGAAACCUUAUUUCAAGUAUACAGUGCCUGGCUUAGAGGCAGAUGAAAUGGAAACAGAUCUCUGGCGUAAGCUGCCGACCGUACGCGUGGAACAACAGCCAGCCCUGGUGGAAAGCCUGAAGACCAUUGAACGUCCCAAAAUGUCGCGAAAGUCACAAAAGCUAAUACAACUGCCACUAGAGGAACAAAAUGACUUCAUUAUGAAGUAUGCAGAAGCAACGGUAAUGCGUCAUGCGAACAUAGUUGCCAUGGCAUGCCUGGAGCGAAUAUCCAGCGAUGCGAAUCCACCCUCACAUUUGGUCAUUGCCACCGAUAAUGGUGAUAUCCUGGUGCUGGAACCACAAAGUUUCGGUUUAAUCUAUCAGGCAAAGACUUGCGCCUAUGAGACGGCCCCAUCCAUGAUAGCUGUGCAUGGCACUUUUGAGACAGAUUUUCGCAUCGUGGUUGCUACACGCUAUGGCGGCGUUUACCUGCUGCGAAAAUCCAUCAAGGAGGGUCAAGAAAUAUUCAAAAUUUCACAACCAUUUACCGGUGUAAUGCUGUUGCCGGUGGAUCAAACGAUUACUGUGUGUGCAAUGGAUUGCCGACUCGUUUGCUAUUCGAAGAAGGGCAAGCAAUUGUAUGUGAAUAAACUUUCGGCACUACCGAUGUGUAUGAUUCCAAUUAGUUUGCCACAUUUGGGCAUCACACUUUGUUGUGUGGCACUCGAGGGUGGCUUGGUGCAACUGUACCUACAACGAUAUUUAGUUAAUGAGUUCCACAUGGUCUCUACAAUCGGUGCAAUGUGCUUCGGACGUACUGGACACGAAGAUUAUGUGUUGAAUAUGGUUAGCGUUGAAGGUGAAAUAUUUGUAAAAAUUUUGAGGCGGACUGCAGGUUUCGAUCCAAAUGAAUUGCUUGCGCUUAAAGGGAAUCUCGAGAAUAAAGUGAUGGUUGAAACGAUUUUGGAAAAAUCCAAGAAAAGCUCGAUAUUUGUUGAGCAGGCGGCUAGGGAAAAGCAAAAUGCCAAAGCAACCUACGGUGCCUUUCAAGCAGAGCUUUGGCGCUUACGCUACGUAGCCGCACGCGCUACCGUCGAUGCCAUCAACUCCUCUGAGUCCACCAUUUCUGGCGAUAUAACACAUGCGCCUGUCAAGCUAUCAGCAGAGGUGUGUGGCGUGGGUCCGGAGUUUCGUUUAUAUUUAACCAUACAGAAUAUGUCCAGCUACAAGAUGGCCUCCAAUCUGACGGUGUUGUUGCAUGCUGAUCGUCGUCACUAUACUAUAGCAAAGACAAUAGCAAAGCUACCCAGCAUUUUGCCUGGCGUGCCACUAAAAAUCGACUUUGAAAUCGUAGCAGUUUUGGAUCCAAGCGAUAAACUACCACCACCAACACUAACGCCAGACAACUCGCAAAUACGUGUAAUGUUGUUGAAAGCGCGCCAAACGAAACCGCUGAUCGCCGCUGUCAUCGCCAUGCCGCAAUCGGAAGCGGCCAUUUGA